GCUGUGUUGCAGGGCUGGUAACUUUAAGCAGUGAUCGACAAACUGUCAUUAUGAUGUAGAAAAUUUAAAUAGAAAAAGAUAAAAAUAAAAAAAAAUAACAAAAUUCUGAUAUUUUGCAAAAAGUUCAAAAUUACGAAUGAGAAUAUUUAAUCGGGUUUUUAGGUGCUAAUAACUAAGCUAAUAACUGAGGAGUAAACACAUUUGAAGACUCAUAACAAGAUAAAUAUUAAGGUAAAUAGCAUUGUCCAACAGGGUAACGAUCAUUGCGGACGACUGAAAUCACACCUCCACCGGUUGACAAUUAAUCCGCAACGUACAAUAGACCAUUGUUUAGCUGCUUUAUUGUGCUCAUCGUAUUCUGGAACAUACUACCUGUUGCUCUACGUAUUGAUAUUGAACUUGAACCUGAAUAAAAUGUGGUAACGCGAAAAAAAACGCCCCAUUUGUAAUUGGGACGUUAAAGUGUUUACAUAGAGAAGCCUCCGGGAACUCAACGCAAUACCAUGCUCCACGGAAUUCACCGUCUUUUCAUCCUAAUUUAUCUGCUAGCGGUCGCGUGCAAAGUCACCCACCAGCAGCCACUCGAGCAGCAACCGGUGGUCACCCUGCUCGAUGCGGAAAAGAACCCGAUACCGGCCAUCUACAACACACCACCCCAACCGCCGGUAAAGAUACUGCGCGAGGCGAGCCCCAUCACGGAGAAGGAAAGCAUGAAGGUGUCCGACGAUUUGCAGCAGUCAGCAUCGUACACGUACAGCUACUACCGGCCAGUGUACUAUCCGGGCGUGUACUACUCGUACUAUCCGCGGUACCGCUGGUACAGUCCGUACUAUUACUACAACUGGUGGUACUAUUGAUUGCCGUUUGUAGGACGUUUCAAUGAUACUCGGAAGUGGCAUGACACCGUCGUAAAGAUCGUUUGCGUCAUUAGUAAUAUGAUUGGAUGUGAGGGCACACACACAAAAAAUGGGUCCAAAAUUAGAUGUUUACCCACAAACGGACAGAAUCGUAGCAGCACAAAUCAAGCAAAAGGAAUUGAAUCAAUAAUGGUUAAUGGAGGAGGAAGAAAAGGAGUUUAAACGCAACCCUGACAAUUGAUGGCAGUUUUGUUUUUUGAGUUCUGGUAGUUGCGCCAAACAGCACAAAAUUCGUUUCGGAGAUUUAUAUCGACUCGACUUUUAGCAAAAACAACCACAUGCACCACUACCACAUGUUAGCUGACCACAUGCGUGAAGAAAAGGAAGCCAACACGUGCCAUAGUGCCGCCAAAGUUAAUGGAGCAAUAGAGCGUAGCGUUUAGGUGUGUGGCUAAUAAAGCAGCACUGUGAUGCAA